GGCGUUUCGAUUGCGUUCAGUGGAGUGGAGCCGGUGAGUUGUUGUAAUUUACGCUGAAAAGUCUUCAUAGCCAAAAAUGUUACCGCUGUCCCUGCUUCGGACUGCACAAAAUCAUCCCAUGCUUGUAGAGCUCAAAAACGGAGAAACCUACAACGGGCAUCUGGUGAGCUGUGACAACUGGAUGAAUAUCAACCUUCGAGAAGUCAUCUGCACUUCGAGGGACGGUGACAAGUUCUGGCGGAUGCCGGAGUGCUACAUCCGCGGGAGCACCAUCAAGUACCUCCGCAUCCCGGACGAGGUCAUCGACAUGGUCAAGGAGGAAAUGCUGGUCAAGGGCCGGGGCAGGGGAGACAUGAACAAGCGGGGAGGCAUGGGCCCUCGUGGCGGCAGGGGCGGAAGGGGCACGCCAUUUGGAGGCAGGGGCGGAGGCAGGGGAGGUCCCGGCGGCGGGGGAGGCCGUGGCGGUGGACAGGGGAGAGGAGGAAGGGGAGGGCGUCCCGGCCUGGGAUAGACUCGCGUCCGGGCAGUGGUUUCUGUUUAGCACAUCCCCCGUUCUGCAGUGUGCGAAGAAGAUCGCCUCAUCUGUAAAUAAAUCGCCCCUCCUGA